AUGGAGGCCAGAAUCAGCAGCUCCCUGCUGUCAGACCGAUCCAUCCAAAACAACACGCCGACAGGUGCUGCAGACUCUUCAGAGGGUGGAGUUACCGCAGCAUCCACAAACACAGAAAGGUGGGUGGAGCUUCAGUCACAUGCCCCGCUGGUUUGUGAUGUUUUACUGCUGCCACCAUCUUGGUUCAGAGACGAAAAGAGCAACACGGUGUUAGCCAAUCAGCGUGCAGUUUCAUACCGCCAAUCGAUGAUGACUGAGCGUGAAGUCAUCAGCACUGAUUACGGAGGUUUGGAGUGCAUAGUGGCUCUGCCCGAGCCAAAGAGCCACUGGGAUCCCGUCUUUGGUACCUGUGUCUUCGUCUUCUCCUUCCUCAUCCCUGUGGCCAUCAUCAGCAUCUGCUACAGCCUGAUGGUCAAACGCCUGCGCAGCGUCCGUAUCCUGUCUGGCUCCAAGGAAAAGGACCGAAACCUGCGGCGCAUCACCAGGAUGGUUCUGGUGGUGGUGGCGGCAUUUGUGGUGUGUUGGACCCCGAUCCAAAUCAUGGUCCUGGCUCAGUUUCUGGGCUUCAACCUGAGUAGCCUAUUCACAGUGGUCCUCAUGCACUUCUGCAUCGCGCUAGGCUACGUCAACAGCAGCUUGAAUCCCGUGCUCUACGCCUUCCUCGAUGAAAACUUCAAGCGCUGCUUCCGAGAGUUCUGCCACCCGUCUCCAUUCCGCCUCGACCCCCAGCAGUCUGGCAGGAUGAGGAGCAUCGCCAGGGAGGUGGCGGCCGCCUACAGCUGCAAAGCCGGAGAUGGCGGGGGACUGGGGGGAGGGACGCCGAAUCCGGCAUGAC